CCAAUAAACAGAAAAAAUAUCCAACUGAAACUGUCCACGGGAAGACUUGGCCUUCUGCCGCUUCAUCCAAACUAACGCGCCUGUCCAAUUUAAGGCUAGCAGGCAUCAUCUCCUUCACUUCUCUCUGCUUGUGCACGCGCGUAUAUGAAUUUUGUUGUAAGGAAGAGCAGUUCUUGUAUACAUCUAGAGAAAGUUCACAUCGUGUUUGCAUUUUCAGCCCAUUAGAGCACAUAAUGGCUGGAGGGCUAGCACAGAUUUGGAGAGACUGGGAGAUCCAAUUACUGGUGCUCCUCAGCUUCACGCUUCAAGUCUUCCUCCUCGCUUUCGCGAGGAUUCGACGGCGCAAAGGCUCGGCUGUGCUGAGGAUCCUUCUUUGGCUAGCGUACCUGAUGUCCGAGUCCGACUCCACCGCGAUAUACACGCUUGGUCACCUGUCGCUCCGCACCAGGAAUAGCGGCAGCAGCGAGAAGAACUACCUCAUGGCGUUCUGGGCGCCGUUCCCCCUGCUGCACCUGGGCGGCCCGGACACGAUCACCGCCUACGCCUUGGAGGACAACCAACUCUGGCUGCGCCACCUGCUGACUCUGGCCAUGCAGGUCCUGGGGGCCGCCUAUGUCCUCUACCAGCUGUAUGUUCCUAGCACCGGCGGGAGCUUGGUUAUGGCCGCCUCCGUAUUGAUGUUUGUCACAGGUCUCAUCAAGUAUGGGGAGAGGACAUGGGCGCUCAAGUGUGCCAAUAUAGACAGCAUCAGAAAGUCCCUCGAUAUAGGCGUUUGCGAUCCUGAUUCCGAUGGCCGUCGCCGACCUUACGAUGGACGAGGACGACGGGAGCUGGAUGCAGAGGAGGUUCUGCUAGGGGCUCACUACACGUUCAACGUUUGCAAGAGCCUCUUCGCUGACAGCCUGACAACGUCGGUGCCCGAACACGACGCUAUGAACCGAGGCAUCGAGCUCAACGGUGGCAAAUACAUGUACGAGCUGAUCGAGAUGCAGCUCUCGUUGAUGUACGACAUCCUCUACACAAAGGCAGCAGUGAUUCACACUUGGUAUGGCUGGUGCAUCCGUGUCGUUUCUCCCACAGCCACUCUCACAGCAUUCCUGUUGUUUCAGCUGGACAACAAUGACAACAUCGACGCUUACAGAGUUGAUGCCAUCGUCACAUAUGUUCUUCUGUUGGGGGCCUUGGUCGUGGAGACCACAUCGCUGUUCAGGGCUAUAGGGUCUUCUUGGACAUGCGCGUCCUUGCAUGCUCGGAGAUGGGAUUUGCUCUAUGGUGCGCUCGUGUGCAUCCGCAGGCGUUUCAAGGCCGCGAACAGCAGACGGUGGCUCUACUCUAUCGGACAGUACAGCCUGCUGGGUUUCUGCACCCGUGACACGACCGAGUGGAGGAGUAGAAUCACCAAGAGAGUAGGAUUGGGGGACUGGUGGAACAAACUCCAUUAUUCGAGCACCACCGAGGUUUCCCAGAGUGCAAGGGACUUGGUGCUGGGAGCCAUACCAAGACGGGAGCUAGGGGACAUGAGGAACGCGCGGGGCAGGUGGAUACUUCAGAAGGUGGGAUUGUACGACGAGAUCAGCUGGAGCAUCGACGACGCUGACUUCGACCAGAGCAUCCUUAUCUGGCACGUAGUCACCGAUGUCUACCUCUGUUGCCGCGAGACAGCACCACCGGCAGCAGCAGAAGCAGGGAAUGAACAGGCCCAGGACCAGAGUGCAGAUGAUCUCCUAGCCAAAACAGUCAGAGAGCUCUCCAACUACAUGAUGUUCCUCUACGUGGUGCGCCCCGAAAUGCUGCCCGGCCCUGUUCGCGGCAGUCGGUACGACAACAACUGCCAUGGUCUGGACACACUAUGGCAGCAGCGCUCGCCUGAGCUGCAAGGUAGGGACGAUUAUGGUGCACGUACACCGAGGGAGCACCUUGCCAGAUUGCUUCUUCGCGAGUACGGUGACGAUAGCGAUGAUCAUGGUAGUGGUACUAGUAGUAGCAGCAGCCGCCAUGCGGACGUGAGCUCCAUUCAGAUCGAAGAUAAUAACCCCCAUGGUCUAGCUUACAUCGAUGGAGCUGGCCUUGCCGGGAUGCUGCUCAGUGACGAGUGGGGCGUACCUGACGUGCUGCAGAUGAUUGCCGAGGUAUGGAUCGAGAUGCUCUGCUACGCGGCUCGACACUGCAGCGAGAUUGCCCACUCCAAGCAGCUAAGCAACGGCGGCGAGCUGGUGACUGCUAUCGGGCUAUUGGUGGAAUAUACCGCGAGGUCUAACUUCCACCGUGACGGACUAGCAGCUGCUAACGGUACAGCACCAGCUGGGACGUCUAUGGCGGAUGGCGAUGCCAGCACGAGGGCAGCAGAAAUAUCUACGACGGAUGCCGAUGCUGACAGGAGGGCAGCAGAGAUAUCUACGGCGGAUGGCGAUGCCAAUGACGAUGCGAGCACGAGGGCGGCAGAUAUAUCUACGGCGGAUGCUGAUGCCAACACGAGGGCGCCAAAGCUGUCUGUGGAUCCGGAUGUUUGUUGAAGAUUUCCGUCAGGCUUAAAAUGAGUUAUAUAUCCUGAUUAUAUUUGGGAGUGUAUUUCCCUCUCUCGACAGCGUCCGUUCAUUUCCAAAGGAAAGCUCUUCUAAUCUUGUCUAUAGCUUUGAACACCCAUGGAGGAGGGUCCAACGACAGAUGGUAGAUUACAAUUGCGCUAAUUAAGCACCAAUUGA